UGUCCCCGUACCCCGGCUUCUUUACCCCAUGCAGGCAGGCUACUCCGCAAUCCUGGGAUUAAUACUCAACGUCCAUCCCGCAUCAACCUCCAAGAGGCACCAAUUGGCAUGCUGACUCGCUAGUCGUUAGACUGCUGACCCCAUGGGCCAUGCCGUCCAUUCAGAGUGUGGAGUGCGGAGUCUCCGGACGGCUAGACAAAGCAGUGUGGAGAUGCCACCAUCUUGGCAUAUUACCAACAGCAGCAUCCUUUCGGCACAAUGCACCCCGACUGGCGCGCCUGGCGGGUUGGCAUGCGCAUGUGAUGAAAUAAGCUCGCGCGAGCAUCAGGCGAAGCUGCGGCUGCAGGGCUCAGAUAGGUGGUGGAAGAUUUCCUCCGCUCGUAAGGUUGGUGGCGGAUGGCUUCGAAGGCCUCGCAUGACUCGGGCCGCCAGCUUACCCAGGCCCGCCCGUCGCAUUUCCCUCCACGCCGCCUUCCGGUUAUCCAGAGACUAUUCCAUCGGACCUUCGUCGUAUCGGGACAGUGGUCAACGAGCAUCGGUGCAUUACAGGACGAAUGCGGGGAUUGGCAUCGCUCCCAAGCUUGUCUUGGUGUCGAUGAGUGAAGAUUGGAAAGAGCCGCGUUUCCAGGAACCCACCUGCUGGAGCGACUCCACGUGGAGCCAGCAUUCGGUGUAGAAAUAGACGACAUCGGUGUAGCAGGACACGAAAGCGGCAAAGAGCGGACCUCUAGAGCCUUCAAUGCAGUCAAGGACCUUGAACACCCCCGAACCUUUUGGUUCCCCGCUCAAUUUCAUGCUACACGUGUGACCUUUUUCAUAGCCAGCUUCCCCAGAUCUCGCGUGUGGCU